UGCAGAUGCAAGAAAUUGCAGUCAAAAAAAUGAGCUGUCAAAACCUAAAAAUCAAUAAGGAAUUUUAUUAAUUUUUAUCAAUUUUAAAAAUUUUAAAAAAUUGAGUACGCAAGCCAAAAGUACUAAUAAUUACCCCCUCACCCAAUGAUUUGGAUUAUCCCUUUUGUUUAGGGAGUGUUUAUUAUGUUUUAGAGCUUAAAUAUAUACCAAAUAGGUCUUACAAGGCUAUUUCAAUAUUUUAUACUGUUAUAAAGAUGCACACAAAGAUUUUUAAUAUAACUGAAACUGAAAUUGUUUAUUAAUUUGCACAAAGAAAAAAAUGUAUAAAAUUCCUAAUAACACCAAAAACGGACAGUGUUUAGUCCGUCCAUUAGAAAGAAUAUUGGAAGAAGCUCAUUUAAGUGGGGAGCUUAAAUUGAACAACAGGAAAUUGAAAGAUUUUCCAAAAUUGGUAACUGCCAAAUAUAGUCUAUCAGACACAGUCAUUGCAGAUUUGUCACGAAAUAAAUUUUGUGAGUGGCCUGAAGAAUUAACACAUUUUGCUUUUUUGGAAACAUUAUUAUUAUAUCAUAACAGUAUUCGUAGUAUUCCAGCAUCUGUAAGUGGCUUGUUUUCUCUUACAUAUUUAGACCUACGAAGUAAUCAACUAGUAAGUUUACCUCGUGAAAUAUGUUUCCUACCGUUGCAAGUACUACUGAUUUCAAAUAAUAAAUUGACUAAUUUACCGGAGGAGUUAGGACGUAUGGAAAAAUUAACCGAUUUAGAUGCAUCAUGUAAUCAAAUAAUGAAUUUGCCUUUACGAAUUGGUGAUUUAAGAAGCCUAAAAUCUUUAUCCCUAAGAAGCAAUAACUUGAGUUAUUUUCCUCGAGAAAUAACUUUACUAACGCUGGUUUCUUUGGAUGUAAGCAAUAACAAAAUUUCUAGUCUACCUCUUGAAGUUCGCCAUAUGAAUACGUUAGUUGAAUUCUACUUGGAAAAUAAUCCACUAACAUUUCCACCUGCUAACUUAUGCAUUCGCGGCUUAAUACAUGUGUUCAAAUAUCUAGAUACGCAAGCAAAUAAAAACGAAAAAGGAAAUAAAUCCUCUAACAGCAAUAAUAUACAUCAUGAAUUUGCUACAAUGAAAAGAACUGGUCGACAAAAUGCCAGUACAAAUAAUAUGAUUGAUAUACAACUUGACGCAUUAUAUUCACCUAAAAAUGGAUUGCACAACACCAUUGAAAAAUCUGGCAUUUCAUAUAGACGUAACAAUUCUGGAGAAUCGUUCAAUCAAUAUUCAACAACACCCCGCAAAACUUCUCUAACUCAAGAUAGUUUUCAAUUUAUUUCUGAUUCAAAUUCAGUCAGCGAUUUAAUCGAUAAAUCUAAUCAAUUGAUAGAAAAUCUAAAUUUAAAUUAUUCUACUAAAACAAAUAAUAGCAGUAAUAGUAACAGCAGUAGCACAUUGCACGAUGAUGAUUUAAAUUUUGAUAAUUCUAACGAAGAUUCCUUAAAACAAAAUGAUUCAAUUCGAUCAUCCACUCCAAAGAUUAGUAAUACGAAUAACGUUGCUAUAUUAAAUAAUGUCACGGCUGCUAAUAAUGAGAAAAACAAAAAACUUGAAAAUAUUCAAACGUAUAGAGAAUACGUUGAAGCGAAAAAACAACAGCGAAAUCAAGAAAAUUCGAAUGUCUAUAAAAGCAAAUUAAAGAAAAGUAACUCAUCGGGAACGCCAAAUAAUGUUGAUGGAAAUCAAAAGUUUAAUAAUUCUGAAAUUCCUUCAAAUCAAUACAAUAAUAUAACAUCACAUUUACAAAAUGGAUCUCACAAGAAAUUAGAAAUUUAUAAAAAGCCAACCCAAAAAGUUAGUCCACAAAAUGUUCACAACAAUGAUAACAUAAGUAUAGAUGAUAAAACGCAAGAACAAAUUCUUAAAGAUUACUUAAAACCAAAAAGUCCUAUAAAACCAAUGGUUGAUAAUCGUGAAAUUGUUGGAAAAAAUACAUCAUUCAAUAAUAGCAAUAAUUCUACAAUUACAUCCAAUAUAUCAAAUUCAGCUACAUUUUCAACAAAAAUGCGACGAAAUGUAACAUGGAAUGAAGCAAUUCCAACAGAUAAAUUGAGUUUUACAAUGCGUCGCGAGUUUGAUAAGCACAAAGAGGAAACCGAAUUAUUAUCGAAGUUGCGUAAUAUAAUAGAAACUAAAUUAAAAAUGAGCUUACCAGAAGAUAUUUCCACGGCUUUAAUGGAUGGAGUUAUAUUAUGCCAUUUAGCAAAUAUUGUUAGACCAAGAUCUGUUGCUAGCAUUCAUGUUCCAUCCCCUGGUGUUCCUCAUUUAACAAUGGCCAGAUGCAGGCGUAAUGUUGAUAAUUUCUUAGAAGCUUGUCGACGAAUUGGUGUUGACGAAAAUUUAAUUUGCUGUGCGGCAGAUGUGUUAGAAGGUAAACAACUUGUUCAAGUUGCUAUUACUGUUGGAGAAUUGUUUCGUUUAAAUGGUGGUAAUAAUAUUGAAAAGGGUGAUCAUUUGAAAUCACCAAUAAAGGUUUCAUCAAAUAUAAAACUAAAUAAUUCUACACCUAAUACUUGAAUAUCUUCUGCCGCGAAAAAUAUCAAUAAACUACAUAAUAUAUAUACAUACAUAUACAAUUGUGUAAAGAUUCAUUUAUGCCGUAGCGCAUAAUAUACAUAUAUAUUAUUUAUUUAUUCUUAUAUAUGUAUAGAUUAUGUCCAUACAUAACUAGUUACAUAUAUACAUAUAUAAUAAUUGCAAAAAUUUCCAAAAUUUGUAAGUUUUUUUAAUAUGUACCUAUAGUAAGUUUAUUAAUUUUUAAUUCUUUAUUUAAAAAAGUUCUUGGAUCAUAUUUUUUUAUUUAAAUUUUUAAUUUUUUUUAUAAGAAACUUUUCUUGAAGAGAAGUUUAAUUUUAUUAUAAGUAUACA